UCCGUGGUUGAGGAGCGGUUAUGACGGUGGCUUAGGAACAUUCAUUCUCUUGGAUGUCCUUUCGGGAAUAGAGGGGAACUCUGACCUCGAGCUGGGUCCCGCCUUCGCGGUGAGGAGGCCCCAUUUCUGAGAUCAGGCCUGACCUGUAUAAGCCCAGAGAGUUGUAAGGAGUUGGAUGUAGGAGUCCUUCCAUGAUUGGCUUCCUAUAACACGUCUGUAGUUUCCUGAUUCUACUUCGUAUCCUAUAAUCAUGGACUUGUUUAUGUGACCUUCCAAGCCCGUAACAAAUCAACUGGCCAGUCUCCUCAUUUUUCUUGAAGAUUAGUUACACGGGAUAUGCUGCUGUACAUUAUUUUGGGAUUGCUUAUACAUUUGGUGUUCUUCGCCUCUAUCUUUGACAUUUAUUUUACAUCUCCUUUGGUUCAUGGAAUGACUCCUCAGUUUACGCCAUUGCCUCCCCCAGCGAAAAGAUUAGUGCUGUUUGUUGCUGAUGGCCUGCGAGCAGAUAAACUUUAUGAAUUAGAUGAAAAUGGAAAUCCUAGGGCACCAUUUAUUAGGAAUAUCAUAAUGCAUGAAGGCAGCUGGGGGAUAUCUCACACACGUGUGCCAACUGAAUCUCGGCCAGGCCAUGUAGCCCUGAUAGCAGGGUUUUAUGAAGACGUCAGUGCCGUUGCCAAAGGAUGGAAGGAAAAUCCUGUGGAAUUUGAUUCUCUUAUUAAUGAAACCAGGCACACAUGGUGCUGGGGGAGCCCGGACAUCUUGGCUAUGUUUGCCAAAGGUGCUAGUGGAAACCAUGUUUUUGCACAUAAUUAUGAUGCUUACAGUGAGGAUUUUGGUGCCCAGGAUGUAACAAAACUGGAUACCUGGGUUUUUGAUAAUGUGAAGGAAUUCUUUCAUGCUGCCAGAAACAACCAAUCUUUGUUUUCUAAACUAAAUGAAGACAAAAUAGUUUUUUUCUUACAUUUAUUAGGAAUAGAUACAAAUGGACAUGCUCACCGACCGUCGUCAAGGGAAUAUUUGAACAAUAUUAAAAUAGUUGAUGAGGGAUUGAAAGAAAUUGUGUCUACUCUUAAAGAUUUUUACGGAAAUGAUGGGAAAACAGCAUUUAUCUUUACUGCUGACCAUGGAAUGACAGACUGGGGUUCCCAUGGAGCUGGUCAUCCUUUAGAGACUUGUACUCCUUUUGUCACUUGGGGAGCUGGAAUCAAGUAUCCUCAAAAAGUGUUAGCUCAGAAAUUUGAUGAUACAUAUUUGCAAGAAUGGAAAUUGGAGAACUGGAAGAGACAAGAUGUCAAUCAGGCUGAUGUUGCACCACUGAUGGCUGCUCUUAUUGGAGUUCCCUUCCCUCUUAAUUCAGUGGGAACCCUUCCUGUGGAUAUACUUAACAGCACUGAUCUCUUCAAAGCAGAGAGCAUGUUUACAAAUGCAGUACAGAUUCUUGAACAGUUCAAGGUGAAAAUGGCUCAGAAAAAAGAAGCUACUUUACCAUUUUUGUUCACACCAUUUAACUCGCUUUCUGAUUCUAAACAGAUCAACAUUUUAAGAAAAGCAAGAUCUUAUAUAAAACAGAAAAAGUAUGAUGAAGCAGUUUCCCUUUGCAAGGAGCUGAUUAAUCUUGCAUUGAAAGGAUUGUCCUAUUAUCACACUUAUGACAGAUUCUUUUUGGCUUUCAAUAUCGUUCUUGGUUUUAUGGGAUGGACAUCUUAUGCUUCUUUGCUGAUCAUCAAGUCUCACUGCAACCUUACCAGAGGUGUUAGUAAAGAAGUCAAGAAACCAAGCCAUCUCCUGUCAUGUAGUUUUAUAGCUGUUGGCGUUUUACUAGCACUUUUCCUGCUGAUUCAAGCCUGUCCCUGGACUUACUACAUAUAUUGCUUGUUGCCACUGCCAGUAUGGUAUGCGGUUCUGAGAGAAUUUCCAGUUAUUCAAGGCUUGGUCACAUUACUGUUGACCUUCCCUCCAAGUCAUUUUGUUGGAUACCUGUUACUCUUUAUCCUGGGAGUUGAAGUAUUAGUUCUCAGUUUUUUCUACCGCUAUAUGCUUACAGCUGGACUCAUUGCAUUUGCAGGUUGGCCAUUUAUCACUCCACUGUGGACUCGAGCAAAGAGCACCUCACUGAGUUGGAUUUUCUUCUGUUUGCUCCUGGCAGUGUUCCCGCUUAUGCCUGUUGUAGGACGAAAGCCAAAUAUCUUUCUAGUGUAUGAAGCUCUCUUCCCAUUAGUGUUGUCAUGUUUGAUGUUUGUCUGGAUACACAUGGAACAAGAAACCCUGCCACAAUCUGUUGUUUUCUGUAAACAGAAGGUCUCCAAUAUCCAAUUCACCUAUAAUACUGAUAUAACCCAGUUUCGAGACCUCUGUCUGGAUGACAUCCGUAGGGCCUUUUUCCUUGUUUUCUUCUUAAUGACAGCCUUUUUUGGAACUGGGAAUAUAGCUUCUAUUAACAGCUUUGAUCUUGCCUCUGUCUAUUGCUUUCUGACUGUGUUUAGUCCUUACAUGAUGGGAGCCCUGAUGAUGUGGAAGAUUUUAAUCCCCUUUGCUCUUGUGAUGUGUGCUUUUGAAGCUGUUCAGUUAACUACCCAGUUAUCAUCAAAAAGUCUUUUUCUCAUAGUUAUCAACAUAUCAGACAUCAUGGCUUUGCAUUUUUUCUUCUUGAUCAAAGAUUAUGGCAGCUGGCUUGAUAUUGGAACAAGCAUCAGCCACUACGUGAUUGUCAUGUCCAUGACCAUCUUUCUGGUGUUUCUCAAUGGCCUGGCACAGAUGCUCACAACAAAGAAACUCAAACUGUGUGGCAGACCCAAAAGCCACCUCACAUGAUGUUGCCAAAGCCAUCAUUCAGCAUCCAGAUCCUGGUUCUCAUUCUCCUUGUCAACUAAAAUCUUUUCAAGGAUUCAUAAAUGAGAUGGAUAUUAAUGUAUAACAUACUCUGCUCAUCUAAAGGAAAUUAUAUGUGGAAUUCUGAAUUUAUGGGUUAUCUGGAAUAAAGGAGCUUCCAUUUUCUUUAGGUUUUGCAUGAAGUCAUGGUUACAUCUGUGGAAAAGCAGAGUAAAGCAUUCUGCAUUUUCAUUUUUUCCUUUAGUUGGCAACUCCUCUCACCGAUGUUUCAGAGCACCUGUAACAGUCUCUGGUCCCCAGCUGUACAGCUUCCUGUAUUAUAUGCAGAGGAGAAUGUGCUCCUGAGGGGGCAGUACUGAUCACAUCCAAAAUCAAUGCACUGGCUGAACAUGAAGUAAAUCACCAGGUGGCACCAUAAAUAUUUAUCAACUCUCAGCACUUGUUUUGCAAGUAGUUCUAACUACUAAACAACAUUAGAAAGACAGUCAGGAUGUGUAGAAAAAUGUUUGCAGGUGUUUUUCAUUUUUCUUCUGUAUUCAGCAAUACUAUUUUAUGCUUUUUAGUGCUUUUUUAGUUUUCAUAGUCAAUCAGCUAGAUGCAGGUUUUACCUUCACUUUUUUUUUUUUUUCCAUUUCUGGAUUCUCAUGGAAUUUCUGGAGAUAGAAAAGCAGAAAAAGCUUGUUAUUUGUGUCUUGUCCAUGGGGAAAAAGAUUUAAAUGAUUAGUUUUUUGGGGGUUUUAAAAAUUUUAUUUUAUUUAUUUAUUUUUGGCUGCAUUGGGUCUUCGUUGCUGUGC